UCCCACUUGGAUCUUGGCCCGGUUGCGCCUCCGACUUCCAGGCAGCAGAAGAAGUCACAUUGAUGAGUGGCGUUGGAAAGCUGGACCGUGGGUCCGUGAGAGUUUCUGUCUACUGACCAUGUUUGACACCCAGUGUUUUUGUCAGACACCAGUGGUCUCCUUUCCCUGAUGCAUUAGAGACUGGCCAGACUGGAGCAUCUCGGAGAGGAUGCUCGCAGUACACGUGAGUUGCCAGGACUGAGCCUCUAGACAGCCAUUUUACAGAGGUGGAACAGGACCGCCCUUACUUUGCAGUUUCUGAAAGCGUUUGAAGGCAAAAAUUCAGGUGUUGCUGGGAGCAAUGGAAGGUCACAAGGCAGAAGAAAAGGUGUUAGAUAUUCUUCGACUGAAUGUGGGUGGCUGUAUUUACACAGCCAGACGUGAGUCCUUGUGCCGCUUUAAAGACUCGAUGCUGGCAUCCAUGUUCAGUGGUCGUUUUCCUCUAAAAACAGAUGAAUCGGGGGCUUGUGUUAUUGACCGUGAUGGACAUCUAUUUAAAUACCUUUUGGAUUAUCUUCAUGGAGAAGUUCACAUUCCCACAGACGAGCACACCCGAGUUGCUCUCCAGGAAGAGGCUGAUUACUUUGGCAUCCCUUAUCCGUACAGCCUGUCUGACCACUUGGCCAAUGAAAUGGAGACAUAUUCUUUAAGGUCAAAUAUAGAACUUAAAAAGGCUCUAACAGACUUCUGUGAUUCAUAUGGUUUAGUUUGCAAUAAGCCAACAGUUUGGGUUCUCCACUAUCUUAACACAUCCGGUGCAAGCUGUGAGAGCAGAAUUAUCGGUGUAUACUCCACAAAAACGGAUGGAACAGAUGCUAUUGAUAAGCAGCUGGGAGGAAGAAUUCACAGUAAAAGCAUUUUUAAAAGAGAGGCGGGAAAUAAUGUUCAGUACAUUUGGAGCUAUUAUUCAGUAGCUGAACUGAAGAAAAUGAUGGAUGCCUUCGAUGCCUGGGAAGGAAAAGGUGUUAGCUACUGGCGGGUGCCUCAUGAGCUCAUAGAAUGUUGGACUCUGGAAGAGCGGCCCUUGCUUGGAAGCCUCCGUCACAUGGCCCCGAUUCGAAAGAGGCGACUGACGGCGUUCAGUGACGAGGAAGACGAAGGUGUGAACUGUAAGACUGGUCCCAAGCCGGUCAGGUUCCUGGGCCCUUCCACCAGCACCCAAAUUAAAGUCAAGAACUCGGCGUCGGUCCGGGUGUCCCCGGCCGGCGCCCUCCAGUCUGCAGGCGGGAAGGCAGCGCCGCGCUCCCCGUCCCGGGCGGGCGCUGCGCUGCCCGGGCAGCCCCAGGCUCCUCGUGGGGCCGGGAGCGCGGAGAACGGAGCCGCGCACCCGCCUCCCGCCAAGGCCCUGCUCUCCGACAAGAAGGCCACCCCGCCCCGCGUGAUAAAACUGAAGCGGACUCCACUGUGCGCCGCCGGGCCGCCCCCGGCCGCCGGCGCAGAAGCCAGGCCCGCGGAGACGCUCCUGCCGGCCCCGGAAGCCCCCGGCGCGCACGCGCGGACCGAAAAUGGGCGGGGUCAGGCUGAUUGACGGAAGCGUCCCGCUCCCCUCCCGGAGCGCCCGAGCGUGCGCGGCUCUUCCGUGGCCCUGUUUCGUGGUGCAGUAGGGCUGGAAACCUGGGUUUCUUUAGGAUCAUUACGGGAAAUAUGAAUUGUGUCAAGUAGGCAUGGAAGAGGGAGACUUUAAGUGGUUGGGCCUAUCUUGUCUCAACUUGGAAAUGGUUGUCUACUGACGGUUUGAAUUUCAGGUUUUUAAAUUUUUUUUUUUUUUUAAUGGUUCAUUGGUCUUAAGGCAACCGAACAGUACGGUAAAAUCAUCACUACAGAAGUACACUUUGUUGCUGAAUAAUUAUAGACUUUAGGCACUUUUGUAAUGUUACUCAUUGCUGCCCAGGGCCGAAUGGGGUUAGAUAUUCCCGUCUGGUGAAAUAGGGUGACAUUAGUGUUCCCCUGUGCUGUGUCACAGCCAAGAGAUUUGAUAGAAAAUUCAGACCCAGGUGAGCUCCCUGCAGGUUUCUUUCAGUCCCAGAAGGCUUCGUGAAAACAAAUGACGAGGGGGG